AUGGAAAUGCGUCCGACAAAGCAGACUGAACUCUCGAGGGAGUGUGCUCGUAUUGAAGCCUCGGGUUGGCUUACCUCAUCUACUCUGAAGAAACCUAAACUCGCGUGGUACGCCAUCGUUGUAGUAUUUUUUUACCGAUUGUUUCUCUGUGUUUAUGUUGUGACAGCGGAAUCACCGGAUGAAUGGUGGCAGAGUUCUGAGGUGGCGUACCGUAUGGUUUUUGGUAAAGGACAUCUUACAUGGGAAUGGCAUUACGGUUUGCGUUCUGUUGUUUUCCCUGGAUUUCUUGCCAUUCCUUAUUUUUUGCUUAAGCAACUGGGAUUAGAUACAGCUUGGAUGAUUUGGUUUGUGUCACGAUUUCAGCAAGCAUUAAUAUUAACAGGUAUAGAUCUCUGUGUUUUUAAUCUAGGUGCCAUUUUGGAUGUGGUAUUAAUGAGAUCAAUAUUGGAAAAGGAAGAAGAAAAAGAAAAGAAUGAACCAGCUCCUUUUAUUUUGUUGACAUUAAAAGAUGUAAUGGAAACUAGAAGAAUGUAUGGAUCUGUUUCUUCGUUUGCACUUUAUCUUUCUUUGUGUAAUUGGUAUAUGAUAUUUGCUGGUGUUCGGGUUUAUAGCAAUGUUCUUGAAGCUCUUCUGUUUUUGCUAACAUUACAGCAACAGAAUUAUGUGCGUUUUUUGUUGCUUGCUGGAUUAGCAUCUGCAUUUCGUGUAACAGCUUCUGUUGUUAUUCUUCCACUCUUUUUUAUGCAUGUGGUUUGGGCAUUACGUGGUCGAGGUAUUAUUAAGGGACUUGGAUACAUCCUUUUCUGGGGUUUAUUUUUGUUGAUUGUUAUAUUGGGUUCCCUCGUGAUUAGCGAUAGUUUAUUCUAUAAGGAGUUGACCAUUACACCACUCAAUUUUAUUCGAUUUAAUGUAAUUCAAAAUGCGAGUCAACUAUUUGGAAAGCAGCCGUGGUAUUACUAUUUCUUCCCAUGUUUACCCUUACUUUUGGGACCACAUAUUAUCUUUUUACUUUCCGUCCCUUGGGUGAUUUUACGUCAAAGAGAAUGUAAAAUAGCUUUAUGGGGUUUAAUUGGCUUAUUAUGUGCUGUGAUAUGGACAAUGUGUUGUUACUCCCUUAUUGAUCAUAAAGAAAAUCGCUUUAUUUUCCCUGUACUCCCAUUAUGCUUUAUUAUCAUCGCUGUUGUACUUUCACAAUGGUACUAUAAAUACCGUGUGGUUCGCCUUCUUCAUCGUAGUUUUAUGCUACUAAACUUGUUAAUGGCAUUCUUCGUCUGUUGUAUAUAUCGUCGAGGACCACUUGAUGUUAUGGAGGAAGUGCGUAAAGGUCCACUCUUACAUCGUAUGGAUAUUAUUAGUACAUGUUACACCACACCGGGUUAUAGCUAUAUGCAUGGGAAGGUGCGGCAUCUUGGUAUUAUUGACUGCCCGGUACAUCUUGACGAACAAACAGGACUUCCAGCCCUUACAGAAGAUAUUAUGUUCCGUCGAUACCCAAAAGAAUAUAUUUUAUGGAAAUAUGAUGGAAUUCAAAGUUUUAAUAGGAGUAAUAAAGAUGAGAAUAAAAAAGCGGAUGAGUUGCAGCAAACUGUUAAACCAAAAUCAGCAUUAUAUCCAGAUGUCAUGGUGAUGUUUAGAUAUACUGCUCAGAUGAUAAAAGAACCUUUUUUGCUUAGACACGGGUAUAGACUUUACCGCUCGUUUUUUCAUGCGCCAUUUUCCUUGGAACCGUAUGAAGAUUCUUACAUUGAGAUGUGGGUUCGAAGGGAGGCCUAG